GCCAGGUGGACCACAUGCUGCUGCUGCUGCUACUUUGAACAUUACUGUCUGGUAUUGUUUUUUUAAACUCGUGAUAUAUGGGUGUUGAACUUGCCGUGAACACUGUGAAUAUUCAACAUCACUCCUGUUUAGUAAAUAAAGGUUAUGGUAUUUUACCUCAUUGGUCUGGGGUUGGGUGACCCCCACGAUGUGACAGUGCGGGGGUUGGAGGUCAUUAAGAAGUGUCAACGAGUCUACUUGGAAGCAUACACCUCAAUUAUCAGUGGUGGAAAGGAGGCAUUGGAGAAAUUUUAUAAUCGUGAGGUUAUUUUGGCUGAUCGGGAGCAGGUGGAGCAGGCAUCAGAUGACCUGUUUGUAGGUGCUGGGUCAAUUGAUGUUGCAUUACUGGUGGUUGGAGACCCACUUGGUGCCACCACACAUACAGAUCUGAAGCUGCGUGCCCACCAGUUGGGUAUUCCUGUUGAGGUCAAGUUACUUUUAUAAUUGCCUCUCUUAUGCCA